GCAGGAUCUAUGGCGAACUACAGCCAUGCACCUACUGGGAGCAGCGAGAACCUUUUGGAAAAUGUGUCUCCUCUGGCGACAUUCUUCAAGCUGACAUCCCUGGGCUUCACCAUCGGGGUCGGCGUGUUGGGCAACCUGCUCAUCUCCUUCCUCUUGGUCAAAGACAAGACCCUGCACCGGGCUCCCUAUUACUUCCUGCUGGAUCUCUGCUCCUCGGAUAUCAUCCGCUCGGCGGUUUGCUUCCCCUUCGUCUUCCUCUCGGUGAAGAACGGCUCGUCGUGGCCCUACGGCUCCCUCAGCUGCAAGGUGGUCGCCUUCGUCGGCGUGCUGUCCUGCUUCCACGCCGUCUUCAUGCUGUUCUGUGUGAGUGUGACCCGCUACAUCGCCAUCGCCCACCACCGCUUCUACUCCAAGAGGCUGACUUUCUGGACGUGCCUGGCGGUCAUCUGCAUGGUGUGGACGCUGUCGGUGGCCAUGGCCUUCCCACCGGUCUUCGACGUGGGCACCUACACCUUCAUCCGGGAGGAAGAGCAGUGCAUCUUCGAGCACAGGUACUUCAGGGUGAACGACUCGCUGGGCUUCAUGUUGAUGUUCGCGGUGAUCGUCCUGGCCACGCACAUUGUCUACCUGAAGCUCAUCUUCUUCGUCUACGACCGGCGCAAGAUGAAGCCGGUCCAGCUGGUGCCCGCCGUCAGCCAGAACUGGACUUUCCACGGUCCCGGCGCCACUGGGCAGGCGGCGGCCAACUGGAUCGCUGGCUUUGGCCGGGGACCCACCCCUCCCACCCUGCUGGGCAUCAGACAAAACCCCCAGGGCCAGGGCAUGAGGAGGAGGCUGCUGGUCAUGGACGAGUUCAAAACCGAGAAGAGAAUAGGCAGGAUGUUCUACCUGAUCACCUUCUUCUUCGUGGCGCUCUGGUGCCCGUACCUGGUCGCAUGUUACUGGCGGGUUUUUGUGAAGGGCCCCGCUGUUCCACGGGGUUAUCUGACCGCCGCGGUCUGGAUGACUUUUGCCCAAGCUGGGGUCAACCCUUUCAUCUGCAUCUUCUCCAACCGGGAGCUAAGACGUUGUUUCAGCACCAACAUCCUUUAUUGUCGCAAGUCCAGGUUACCGAGGGAACCUUACUGCGUUAUAUGA